UUUGUUCUCCAAGCCUAUUUCUGCGAUACCCACAUAAAUACGCUUUCACUUUUAUAUAGAAAAUAGUCACUUCCAGUGACCCUAUAAUCCAACAGCUCCAAUCCGCAUGUGCGGAAAGAUGAAUGAACUGCCUUAAAUAGUAACUUGUGGUCACUUUGAUGGUUUAGAGUGUUCGCAUUACAGCAGCCAUCACAACAGUCCGAAACUAGAGAUUUUUUUAAUAUUCUCCGUGUAAUUUUUUUGUCCCUCUCGCAUGAACUCGAGGGGCAAUCUUGACAGCACUAGUGAAAGCUGAAAUUAAGAGUAUCUAGAAAAAGUGCUCCUUUUCGCAAUCCCUUUGCGUGACAUGAACUCUUAAUUUUGCUAUCGCUCCAUACGGCUACAAGCAGACGCCUCGAAACGAGUAUUCUAUUAUUGUUUACAUAAGAGAGAGGCUCUGUAAAUGAAGGUAUUGGCAAAAACGCGUUGACGCGUGGUUGACGUUUAUCUCAAAUGGACAGCGGUGCUGCAAUUCUGUUCUAAUCACUGGAGCAGCGAUAUCGACAAUGCAAUCGCUGGUACGAUUACAGUCAUCUUUGGUAAAUGGCUUGGUGUUCACAAGUGCGAUUUGCGUACGAAAGACCUCGAACGCCCGUGGCAGCAUAGCUAAAACAAUUGCAGCUUUAGAAAGACAACAAAAGCAAGCAGCAAAAAGCAUGUACGCGCCACAAAAGUUUACGAACUUCCUUGUAGUGGACCUUGAAGCCACUUGCAAUCAAGACGGACCUCCACCUUACCCACAGGAGAUCAUUGAAUUUCCAGUAUUGCAUUUGUGUGGCAGGACAUUUCAGGAGGUGUCGCGCUUUCACACCUACGUUCAACCAGAUGUCCACAAAGAAUUAUCGGACUUCUGUACGGAGUUGACAGGUAUUGUGCAGUCGAUGCUGGCGGAUAAACCUUCACUGAAGACGGUGUUGAUAUCGUUGGAUGAGUGGAUGCAAAACAACUCCAUUACUCAGACAAAUUCUGCCGUGGUGACCUUUGGUGAAUGGGACAUGGCUUCAGCGCUAGUAAAUCAAUGUCAAUAUCUGGGCAUCGCUGUGCCUCCUAUAUUUAGGCAGUGGAUCAAUUUAAAAAAGUCUUUACUUGAACACACGCGACAAUGGCCAAGAAACCUGAGUGCAGCCCUGAGAAACGCCUGUAUAGAACAAAAAGGCAGACCCCAUUCUGGAAUUGAUGAUUGCCUUAACAUAGCAGAGCUGAUGAGAUACCUUGCGCGUAGUGGUUACGUAUUUCAUUUCACAGGAGGAAAUAAUUUACCAAAAAGGCACAUAACGGACCCUUUGCUGGGGACGGUGAAGGUAAGCCGCCGUCCAGGAUACGCUAGUAGGUGACUUCGCUAAAUCCUAUACGAGACACACACACUAAAGUAAACGGCAGAGACCGUUUCUACCGGCAGACGUACAAUGGAUAAGACUCACAGGUUUACGAGAAGGGCGGGAUUCGAAAGCAUCGAACGCCAGGGAUCGCAUGAAGAAGUGGAAAUCAGAUGAGACAGAGAGUGCUGUUGCUGUGCCGAAACACCAAAGGUACAAUACUACCGAUCAGCUUAUAAUGUGGUUUCUGAAAUCUUAGCCAGCUGGCACGGCUGCUCGCCACAUACGGAAGCAUCCAGCAAGAUAUUCAGAUGGCGCUCAAAAGACUAUUUAAGGAAAUGCCUAAAAUGGAUAGGCCAGACAAGAUUAGCGAA